AUGGCCACGAAUCGGGCUGUUUUCAGUCCGCCCGACGUAACCGUGCCAGCAGAACUCAGCCGUGGGUAUCUGCCUUCCAAAGUGCCACUCUCUCGGAGGCAGCCAACUCUGGUCACUGAUGUCACUGCUGAAAACAACUGUCAUGCAGAAGACCCUUCAGAAGAGAGCCGUGACCAGCUGGCAGCCUCGCAGAGCAGGCUCAGACCCUCCCAUUGCUCAGGCCUUCAUCACCUGUCUGGGACCAGGCACUCCGCUCCCUGCCCUUCCCGCCCGCCCUCCGUGGCGCGGAGGGGCCGAGGGGGCCGGGCGGGGGGCGCGGGGCCGGUGCCCGCUCCCCACGCGGCCCCAGCCCUCCGAACUGGUUACAGCCAGCGGCCGCCGCGCCGGCUCGCCGGGCUGCAGCCGCCUCCUCCCCCCGCUCCCCUUCCGCCUGCCGGGCCGGCCGCCCCGCUCCAGGCCGGGCUGGUUCCCACGGGACCGCAUUCCUCCCCUCACCUCGCGCCGUCGGGAUCCGGCUCCUCGGCGGCGGCGGGAGCGGCAGCAUUCCCGGGACGCUCUCUCCACGCCGGCGCCCCCGGCGGCUUCUCCUCCCCGCGGGGCUCUCUCCGCUCUCCGGCCCGCAGCUCCCGAGCGCUCCCGGCCGCCGCAGCCCCGUCCCGCCUCUCCGCUCUCUCCCCGGCGCUCAGUAAUGGCGGCCGCCGAGCCUCCCCGGCUCUCGCUUCGCUGACGGAGUCUCUCUCUCCCCCUAACUUUACCUCAGCAGCUUCCCUCCCCUCCCCCCUCCCUCCCGCCGCCGCGGCUCAGCGCGCGCCCGCCCGGACAGCUGCGCGUGCGCGGGAAAGAGCCUCUUCCUGCUGCCGCUGGAUUCCCUGGGAAGCCUGGGAGGGCGCGCGCGGCCGGCACCCAGCUGCGCGCGCACGCGCGCCGCCCCGCCUCCCGCCCCCUCCCCGGCCCGUGCGGGGGCGCGCGCGGCGCGCACCCGCUCGUGCUCUGGUGGCCGCACGGUUAGCGCGGGGCGUCGGGAGUCGCAGGGCCUGGAGUUCGAGUCCCGCCUCGGGCAGCGGCGCAGGCCGGGACGCCGGGACGCCGCGACGCCCCUUCGCGAGAGUGGCUCCGAGGUGUGCAGGUGGCCACGGGCUUGAUCCCGGGCCACCGGCUCUGGCGGGUGGGGGCCAGCCUAAGCUGGGGCCUACCCUAAACCUACAGCCAGCAGCGCUGCCUCCCGGGGAAGAAACUGGCGGAUGA